UUUCCACGGCCCAGGUUUUAGUCUUUGACUUCCUACUCUCCAGCUGCACCCUGAGUCUCCCAACUCCUUCUUGUUAUCUAUUUCCUAUUCCAGGGCAGCUCAAAUUCUGCAGGGGACUGGGAACAGGUCUUCCCACCAUCUGCCCCAUACCACCCAAGGAGUUGCUCCUCAGAGAAGAAGCCAGACGGGGAAUGAGAACCCAGUGCCCCCCUGAGGGCACUGGAUUGAACCCCAAAGCCCUCCUUCCCUGCCCCUGCCCGCCCCAGGGGACACCCAUCUGAACAGUGUCUGUGUGAAUAGCAGAGGAAGGAAGAGCUCACCCUAGCUGGGCUCCUGAGCCAGGGCCAGGGCUCCUGUGAAACCCGCCGCGCUUGGCUCUGAGCAGGGCCAUCCUGCAUGCCUAAUCGGCUAUUUAAGGAGCUGUUCACCAGCAACCCAGGCAGCCUCCCCUCCCCACGUACACCCUUCCAGAGCCACCUUAAAAGCAGGAGGCAAUUGUGAAGUCGCUGCCCAGCAAAUGGAGUGAAGACUGCAGAGGGAAAUAAAAAAGAGAGGACGGAGAGAGCGGCAGCAAGAGUUUUGUAUGGGGACCCAGAAACUCACGGUACCCUAGGAAAAUCAAAUCCUCUGGAAGCCCGCAGAGACAUAGAAACAGCAAGAGAAAAAGAUAAAUACACUCAACUCCAGGAAACUCUUCUCCCUCUCUCCCUCCCUCCCUCCCUCCCUCCCUCCCUCUCUCUCUCUCUCUCUGCCUGCCCUAGUCCUCUAGUCCCCAAAUUCCCAGUACCUUGUGCUCCUUCGGAGGAUACCAUGUUGUUCUUCACCCUCCUGCUAGAGGUGCUUUGGAUCCUGGCUGCAGAUGGGGGUCAACACUGGACCUAUGAGGGCCCACAUGGUCAAGACCAAUGGCCAGCCUCUUACCCUGAGUGUGGAAGCAAUGCCCAGUCCCCCAUAAAUAUUCAGACGGACAGUGUGACUUUUGACCCUGAGUUGCCUGCUCUGCAGCCCCACGGAUAUGACCAGCCUGGUACCGAGCCUUUGGACCUGCACAAUAAUGGCCACACAGUGCAACUCUCUCUGCCCCCUACCCUGUAUCUGGAGGGACUUCCUCAAAAAUAUGUAGCUGCCCAGCUCCAUCUGCACUGGGGUCAGAAAGGAGCCCCAGGGGGGUCAGAGCACCAGAUCAACAGCGAAGCCACAGCUGCAGAGCUCCACAUCGUACAUUAUGAUUCUGAUUCCUAUGAUAGCUUGAGUGAAGCUGCUCAGAGGCCUCAGGGCCUGGCUGUCUUGGGCAUCCUCAUUGAGGUGGGUGAGGCUAAGAAUCCAGCUUAUGAACACAUUCUGAGUCACUUGCAUGAAAUCAGGCAUAAAGAUGAGAAGACCUCCAUGCCUCCCUUCAACGUGGGAGAGCUGCUUCCCCCACAGCUGGGGCAGUUCUUCCGUUACAAUGGCUCACUCACCACACCCCCCUGCUACCAGAGUGUGCUCUGGACAGUCUUCAAUCGAAGGGCCCAGAUUUCGAGGGAACAGCUGGAAAAGCUUCAGGAGACACUGUUCUCCACAGAAGGGGAGCCCCCUGAGCUCCUGGUACAAAACUACCGAGCACCCCAGCCUCUCAAUCAGCGAACGGUCUUUGCCUCUUUCAUCCAAGUAGGAUCCUUGUAUACCACAGGUGAAAUGCUGAGUCUAGGAGUAGGAAUCUUGGUUGGCUGUCUCUGCCUUCUGCUGGCUGUUUAUUUCAUUGCUAGAAAGAUUCGGAAGAAGAGACUGGGAAGCCGGAAAAGUGUGGUCUUCACCUCAGCACGAGCCACCGAGACAUAGACUCCCUCUUGGACACCAUGGAUGCCUUCCUCUCAUGCCUAUCAGGGAGCUUCUAAAAUGGGGUGCACAGAUUGGCCAGAAAAUACUAUAGGAGUAGUAGGGAGAUACCCCCCCUUCCUCUGGACAGCCCCUACAGAGAGGCAUGGACAGGCUCUCACUCAAGGAAGAACAGCAGAGUCUUCAGCCUCUCAAAACAUAUAGGAGGACAUCAGACAAUCCCUAAAUUGACAAAGCAGAGAGCAAGUUAAAUUGUAGGGGAAGCUGGGGAGGUGCCCCAAAGUCCCCCACUCCCUUACCUUUAUGUCCCUUUCCUUAGAUAUAGUGCAGGAUCUCCUUUUAGGAAAAAGGGCUGCUGUUGUUGGGGUUAUAUUUUUUUGCUCAAUAUAUUUGGAAAUUAAAGUUUCUGACCCCACCUCUGGCCUUCUCUUUGGGGCUCUUGAGUAGGAGAGUUCCUUAACCCUUAGGUGGCAGAAGUGGGCAAAGGAUAGGGAAAAAGAAGUACGGGUGAAUAACCACUGGUACCCCAAUUCUAGAAGGGGAGAUCCACUUCUGGACAAUGCUUAACCGAAAGUUUCUGACAUGUUAGACCACCAGCCCAGAUUUCUGCCCUUGCUCCAAAGCUAUGCUUGGAGGGGAUCAGAGGUUACCAGGUUAGGAAGGAGGUUGGACAAGAGAUGUGAGAGGGCAAAUUAGCAUGUUAUCCCCUCCCUUAAAAGCCAAGUUCCCCCAUAAUUAUAAAGUCCUUUUUAUUAGUCAAAAUCACAAUCACCUUGAUUAAAAGGAUGGGUCAUGCCAUCCUCAGCAGAAAAUGAUACAGUUUAUAGAAAACCUCCCCGCCCCCCACACACCCUAAUUAAAAACUAGAAAAAAUCUGCCCUCCUUCCCUGCAAUGUCAUGGUAGUCUGACUCCUCCAAGGGCAAUGCAGCUCUGGAGUGGGCCAACUCACCACAGCACCCUCCACUUCACCUUGGGGAGAGGAGGGAUGCUGGUGGUCAAGGAGGUUAAAACUUUAGUUCCAGUAAUACCAGUUCCCAAACAUGCACUUCCUUCCUUUCCCCCAAGGCCUGGGACCAAGUGGAAAGGUGGAUAGAUAUGAGCCCAGCCAUGAGAAGCAAUUUGAGGAGGGAAAAUAUAGUCCAAGGAGGUUAGGAGAAGAAUUCCAACAUACCUCCUCCCCCCCCGCAAAGAAAAAGGCAGUUUGGGGUCUCUAUCACACCAAAAAUGGCUUCCCUCAGACCUGAG